AACCCUAGCAUAUAAAAAAGGUACAUUAGGGUUCUCCUUCAUUCUCAGUGAAGCAGCUAACCAAAAACCUUUAGAGAGAGAGAGAGAGGAAGAGGGCUGCGCCUCGUUUCACCAGCAUCAUUCAACAUGGGUAUUUCCAGGGAUUCUAUGCACAAGAGGCGUGAGACUGGAGGAAAGAAGAAGGCAUGGAGGAAGAAGAGAAAGUACGAGCUUGGUCGUCAGUCAGCUAACACCAAGCUUUCAAGCAACAAGACCAUCCGUAGGAUCCGUGUCAGAGGUGGUAAUGUUAAGUGGAGAGCCUUGAGGUUGGAUACUGGAAACUUUUCCUGGCCAAGUGAGACUGUCACCCGCAAAACCCGUCUCCUCGACGUGGUUUACAAUGCCUCAAACAAUGAGCUUGUGCGUACUCAGACCCUUGUGAAGAGUGCCAUUGUUCAGGUUGAUGCUGCUCCUUUCAAGCAGUGGUACCUUCAACACUAUGGUGUUGAAAUUGGCAGGAAGAAGAAAACUGCUGGCAAAAAAGACUCUGAGGAGGCAGAGGCUGUUACUGAAGAAGUUAAAAAGAGUGCCCAUGUGCAACGUAAACUGGAGCAACGCCAGAAGGAUCGUCAGCUUGACCCACACAUUGAAGAGCAAUUUGGAGGUGGAAGAUUGCUGGCAUGCAUUUCAUCCCGACCUGGACAAUGUGGCAGAGCUGAUGGCUACAUUUUGGAAGGUAGAGAGUUGGAAUUUUACAUGAAGAAGCUCCAGAAGAAGAAGGGCAAGGGUGCUGCUUGAUGAAUUUCAAAAUUAUUAUUUUGCUUUGUUUCUUUUGAGACUAGUUUCCAACAAGGAUGUUUUGUGCUUCAGACAAUUUAGCAUCUUUUAAUGUUUUUGACAAUAGUAUGUUGUUUUUGAGUUAAACUAUUUUUGUUAUUUAUAAUUUACAAUUUUGUCAAA